UCAAGUCUCAACACCCAACUUCUAGUUCAGAAAAAAUAAAAAAAAGAUAACCCCAUAAAUUGUUAAGCAUGAUGUUCAUAAGCUUUGAAAGCUUUGUACUUGCUCAUCUCCUUGUUUCAUUUGCACUCCAAACUCUUUCUGUACAUGGUGCUCAUUAUCAAGAAAGGAGAUUAUUUGAAGGAAAUCUGAUCAAAGAAACUCAUGAAAGUGAUGUAUCUUUCAAAGAGGAAGUUGCUAAAACUUUGGGGAUUUGUAGCGGAUCAAACGCAGUUAGAAUUGGAGGUAGGAAAAUGGGAAUGGUAUCGAAGGAAGACGGAGAAAUGGUUUCAGGAUCAAGCAAAGACAAGAAUGCUUCAAAGGAAGGGCCACAAGAACUCUUAAAAUACCAAGGACAAGAAAAUACAUUGAAGAACAUGACAAUAAACCCUAGCCAAAGUUCCCUAAAACAAGGUUUUUCUCGUUCUAUCGCAAGUCCCUUGAGUUUUAACACAAACAAGAUCUAUCCUCAUGAUGAUCGUGAAUGGAAAAAACCACUUGAAGAGACCGACAAGACGGUUAUGCAAAUGAUGAGAAGGGAUUACAGCGGCAUGAAGAGGCCUCGUCGAAGGACUCCGAUCAACAACCAUGAGCCUCAAAACUAGCUAAAUCUAAUAGGGAAUUGGUUUAGAUUUUAAGCUCAUGGUCUCAACUUCAUAAUGGAAAAUUAAGCCAAAAGAAGGUUAGGUAUUGGCUCACAAUUUUGCUCCCCUAUAGAAGUGAAGUCACCUAACAUAUAUAUACAUUAAUAA